AUGAGCGGCGCAGAGAGGGCUGGUCUCAGGUCUAAAGGUCACGAGUUCCCUACGAUCACAUGUUGUUGAAUUGCACCCACGAGGGGGCGCUGUUUCUACACAGGUCCCGGGUUGAACGGGUUGAAACCUGGCCGUGUAUUUUGCAUGUUACCGGACCAACAGCCAAUGGGAGGCCUCCAUGUAAAUGAGCUGUGGGCUCACAGAUUGUCUCACUACGGGGAACACUCAGUUCACCGGGCAAACAGCGAGCAUCGCACCGCUGUCAGCCGCAGCUCUCCAUCCACUCUGGACUGUGUAGGACACCGAACCGCCUGGAUGUGCAAUAUGACUUUUGAAGAAACCGGAGGAGAAAACUCUGUAGAAAGGAUGGAAUCGGUGGCCCAAGCCCUGGAGGAGGUCCUGAACUCCGCUUUGCCUCAGGGCUGCAUCACUGUCGGGGUGUACGAGGCUGCAAAGUCCCUCAAUGUGGAUCCAGACAACGUGGUGCUCUGCCUGCUGGCUACAGACGAUGAAGAGGACGUGGCUCUGCAGAUCCACUUCACCUUGAUCCAGGCGUUCUGCUGCGAGAAUGACAUCAACAUCCUGCGAGUGGGCAACAUGAGGCGUCUGGCCGAGAUCCUAGGGGGGGUGAAGCCGGGAGGGGAACCCAUGGAUGUGCACUGCGUCCUGGUUACGAACCCGCAGUCGGCCCUGUGGAAGGACCCAGCGCUUAGCAAGGUGAACCGAUUCUGCAGGGACUGCCGCUGCCUGGAUCAGUGGGUGCCGGUCAUCAACCUGCCGGACCGAUGAAACCGUUCGGAAUAUCGUCAAGAAUCGUUUGCGUCCGGGGGCGAAAACAAUAUCAAAAAAACACCCGCCUGCAUUAAUUGGAAAGCCUUUCUCUCCUUCCUCUCCCUCCUUCUGCUGCUGCUGCCCCCCUCUCACACACCACCCAGCGGAGGAAAUCAACGGGGGGGGGGCAAAAAUUGUAAAGAGCAACGGAAACGUGAACGUUUCGUCAGGGUGAACUCUAGGGUCAAGGAAGAGUGACUCAGCAGUCCUCUCUCUCUGUCUGCCGAGAAAGGAGCAGUGUUUUUGCGAGGAAGCGGCAGCAUCAUGUGAGCAGAGUGAGCGCACGGCGUGGGGAGCACGUGUCUGAAGGGAGCGGGACGGGGGGGGAGAGCUGGCAACACUCCAGGAACCGGACCGCGCCGAGAGUCGGCACCGUUCCUGUGACAGUUCGACCAAACAGAAACUGUUUCUUCAGCUUUUAUUUAACACUAUUUAAAGUAUUGUCACUUUGUUAACUUAAAACCAAAAAAAAGAAAGAAAAAGGGAAACUUUUCUCCUCCUGUUGUUAUCUUAAGGACGACAUGUUCCAAGUUGUCCGUGUUUUCUUUUUUUUUUCUUCUUUUUUUUGUAUAUGUUGUUAAUUUAAUAAUUUUUUCUUUUAUUUAUUGUGCAUAGUUUGGCUGCAGUCUGCCAUGUGAAACUGAAUGAAAUAAACAGAGAAGAUUCUCA